AUGCUGUUUGUCUUGUGGAUAUCUCUCGGAUUAAACUUUUUCACGUCAGCACCAAUCCAGCCCUGGUUACCACCAAAUCCCACUGAUAAAUGUUUUGGUGACUCCGAACUCUCUUCAAAUAAUACUUCGUUGAAGAAUUCAACCAAUUUUUUCAACUGCUCGACGGUCUCACAGUGUGAUGUAUCCUCGAGGAUUGCAAAGUACCAAAAGGAUAUGGAAAUUUUCAAUGCAAUAGAACCGCAAGGCCUUGACAAGCUAUACUCUGUCUCAUUUCGCUGGUUUGGAGCCAUAGGAACAAUGACAGCAGUCGUUCUUGGUGCUCUUGUUAGCUAUUUCACAGAUCAUCCUUCAGCAGAUGAAGUAGACGUGAGAUAUAUAUUACCUCUUGGUGACCAACUGUUUCCAUAUCUUCCCAAAAAGGCACGCAGAUAUUUGGAUUUCGGAGUUGAUUUUGGAAAAAGGAGAAGAUGGCUUAUGCAACAAAAUACUGAUAUGAAGGUAUCAACAGACCUGUCUGAAAAUUUCGACAUCGGGAUAGACGAACGUAAGAAAAAUGAUACCAAAUCUGUGGAAGCCGGGGAAUAUGAUACAUGUAGUUAUCUUUAA